AUGGGGCGGGAAAGACAAAAGAAGAAGAACAGAUCCUCGAUCUCCAAGGCAAAACCCAAGUCCAACCGGACAAAAGCUGGCAAGAAAAAGGUCAACUUCCUGGGCAACGAGAUCAUCAAGCAAAACUGGGACCGCAAACUCACACUCUCGCAAAACUACAAAAGACUAGGACUGAGUUCCAGACUCAACUCGGCAUCUGGGGGCACAGAGAAGAAAAUCCCCAAAGCGGGCGAAGAUGUCGAACCACCGACUCGCGACUCCCUUGCGAUCGCCGGUCCACGGGCCAGGGCGAAGAUAACACCCCAAGAAAUCCAAGUCGAGCGAGAUCCCGAGACCGGAAAGAUUCUUCGUGUCAUCCACCCUGAGACGGAGGCAGAAACGAACUUUAACCCGCUGAACGACCCGCUCAACGAGCCCAUGGACGUUGAAGCCGACGAACCCGUGCGGCGCACACAGAUGCAGAACGACAUCAUCUCUCAGCUUGAAGCGCAGGCGGCUCAUGAAGAAGAGAUGCUGCUGAACAAGCGGCCGAGACAUCAGAGCUCGCGCGAGGAGGAGUGGAUAACGAGAUUGGUGGAGAAACAUGGCGACGAUGUCCGCGCCAUGGUGCGCGACAAGAAACUCAAUCCGAUGCAGCAGACUGAAGGUGAUAUUGCACGGCGCUUGAGGAAGUGGAAGGCUAGUCGUGAAGCGACGACUUGA